CGUUUCACAUAUGCCCUAGAAUAACUAGUCAAACAUUACUCGCAACAUUAGGUUGCAUUCCAGUUAUGGAUUUGGCAGAAAGUGAAGAAUACGAGUGUUGCGCGAAUUCUGGUGACCUCGGUAAAAUAUUUGAGCGGAAUCUGGCAUUUCUGAUGUUUGUCCGCGGAGCGCUUCGAGGAUAUAAGUUCAAACUGGCCACGGAGGUGACGGCAGCGGGCAAGUUCGAGGAUGUCGUCGUCUACGUGAGGCACCUACAAGAAACGUGGCUUAUCCAAGCCAAGCACGCGAAGCUUCCAUCGAAUAUUACUCUGAAGGAACUAUUUCCGCCGCUGGGAAGUCCAUUGCGGGACAAAGACUUCGAUCUUUGUAAAUAUGUGAAGUCAUUUACUAAGGUGGCGCGCCAAGCACAAUUUAGGAAGCGCUAUUUCAUAUUUACCAACAGGAACUUGGAUGAUUUUAAGACAGAUACCAUGAAAGGCAAUCCAUUACAUUCUCAUUCGAAUAAAUCUUCGAAUGUGUUGCCAAUUGUAGAAUGGUUUGAAGUGGCUCCUGGUGAAGUGGAUGAAAUGAUGAAUUUAUCUUCAUUCGGAGGUGUUUACAAAAUGUUAAAACUGAAACCAAACAAUUGUGAAGCAAUACUAUCUGUGGUCAAUGCAGAGUUUUACAAAUUCAUCGAUGCCCUUGUAGUGCUUUUUUGCAAUAAUAAUAAUAAAAAUAUCGAAACGCAUCUGAAUGUGCUGAAGGAUAACAAAACUAUUCUUCGUCGCAUUUUAAAAUACGCAGGUGACAAGAUACGAUUUUCCGACGAGUUGUUAUCAUCGCACAGUGAAUUGCCGGACAUGAAUGCAGUGUAUAAAGAGUUGUGUCGCAAAUUUAAGACAACAUGUCUUCAAUCCAUGGAAUGUCAGAAAGUUAGCGGUCUAUUGGAUGACCGAAAUUCCAGAAAUACAGGCUUUCCAGACUUUGUCAGAGAAGAAGAAUUGAAGGAAUUUUUCAAUAGUUUCACAAUGUGUUUGAAUCAACCGAGUGAUGUCAAUGAAAUAAUCGCGCAUGACCUGCAUAUGUGGUUUAGAGAAUUUAUUUAUCCUGAAGAUUUGGGCAGAUUCGGAGAAAAAGAAAUCAAUCAUUCGAGGGCAAAAUUCGAACAGAAAUUUGAGCAGUGGCAUAAAACAACUAUGCAUGGUGACUGUAAGAGCAAAAGUGAAAAGAACAAACGUAUUGUUAAAAAACUAGAUUCCAGCGAAGCAGAAAAAUGCAUGAUAAAUAUUCAAUCAGACUUGAAACGCCAUAUGACGGAACUUCCUGAUGUACUAAAACGAUAUUAUGUUAACAGGGACAUUUCUUUUAGGAACACAGAAACGAUUUGUGAUAAAAGUUUUGCGGAAUGGUUAUCGAAAAGAUGUCAAUCCGUACUUCUUCUUGCAGAUCCAGGCAUGGGCAAAACCACAGUUAUGCAAUAUGUUUCGUUCGAAUCGCAAAAAAAUAGCAAAUUAAUCGAUCAUUAUUUCAUUAAUCUGAAAAGGCUCAAUUCGAAACUUGUUGAUAUGAAAACUGAGCCGAAAGACUUACAAGAAGCAUUGGAUGUUCUUAUUGAAGUGCUUUCGGAUCGGAGCUGUAAAAAUAUUCGUGAAAAUCAGCACAAAAGAAUUAUAUGUUUUUUGGACGGCUUCGAUGAAGUGGCGUCAUACCAAAAAAUUAAGGUAGUUGGCAUCUGCAAGCAGCUACUCUCGAUUGAUCGCAUUCAACUAGUAAUUAGUGGACGCAAACAUGUGGAGCAAUACCUUAAUGAGAAUCUACCGGAUUUAAACCAGGUUACAAUAGUUCCGUUCAAUUAUCAGGCUCAGAUAGACUUUCUCGCAAAAUUUUGGAAUGUUUCUAUGGAACAAGAAGAAGUUAAGAAAAAGUUUUUUAAAUAUGUAAAUAAAUUAUUAAACGCGAUCCACAUGUUGGCACAUCAACCAAUACAAUUCACAUCACAGUUAUCACCUUUAAUGGUGAGAAUGCUGGCAGAAAUCUAUAGUGAAGAUUUCAUUACAUUCAAUGCAUGCAAAACGGAUGAAGCGAAUAACCAUUUAGAAAAGCUUUCAAUUGAUGCAUUUGACAUAAUAACAUUGUACGAGAAAUUCCUUAAAAAAAUGUUCUGGAUGAAAAUACAGAAGAAAAAUGGUUUGGAUGCUUAUUGCAGAGAAUGGGAGUUUGAUGAUGAGUUGAUGCACACUUUCAAGCAAACUAUUCUCGAACACCAAAUUGCGGCUAUCCACCAGCUCAAUAUCAAUGAACUAUUGCAUAUAAACCAGAAGCAUUCACAGCAGUACAAAGCAUUCCAAAAGAGAGUAACGGAAGGAAAGGAGAAGUCUUUAUUGAUAAAUUUUAAUGAGGAAGCGUUCCAAUUUGUACACCGAUCAUACGCAGAGUAUCUUGUAGCAACAUAUUUGUAUGAGAACCUUGAGGACUGCAAAGAAAAUUUGAAUAUUAUAUUUCAUAUAGAGAUCGUCGUGCGGAAAUUAUUUUUUUUGCUGAUUGAACAGUGUUUUGGUACGAAUGAAACAAAAUGUGCUAUAGUGGACAGGAUUUGUGAGAAAAACCCGGAAGUUGCAUUCUGGGCUUGCGAAUCCCAUUGCUUGAGUUUAGUGAAGCACUUAUUACGCAGACAAAAUUUCAAAAACGUAAAGGUUGAUGAAUUUGGGACAUUAUUACAUUCGGCCGUGAUGGUGAAUUCUUCAGAGAUAACUAAGUUUCUUCUUAGUGAACACCGAAUGGAUGUGAACGAGCGCAGCAACGUAUCCCUAGUUUGCUUGCCGAAAACUAUAAACGAUUUAAGUCACAGAUUUUUCACAGGCUAUUUUAACAUUACACCUCUUAUGUUGGCAACGAAUUUAGGCAAAUUAGACAUGGUUAAACUUCUAAUAAGUUGUAAUGCAGAAGUGGAUGCUAAGACAUCAGAGCAUUUUACAUUACUGCAUCUAGCUGUAGAAAACGGUUUUAUCGAAAUUGUUAAUUUUUUGAUAUCGUUACCAUGUGAUUUAAAUGCCCAGGAUAUAUAUCAGUCUACGGCACUCCAUAAAGCAUUAUUAUUAGGUCGCAACGAAAUAUCAGAGCUACUCAUCAAACAGCAAUCAGUAAAUGUUAACUUGACUGACAAAAACGGCAAUGCUCCUAUUCAUCUGGCAGCCAAGCGGGGGUACACAAAAAUCGUACAGUUACUUGUCGAUCGUUCUGUUGAUCUCAAUAUUUCAAACAAAAAAAAUCGACAGCCCCUCCAUUAUGCUGCCCAGGAAGGACAUGUGGAUAUCAUUAGAAUACUGAUAGUAGGAGGAGCUUCCAUAGCAUGCACCGGCAAAGAUACGCCUCUAGCACUUUCAGCGAUUUCAGGAAACGUUACAGCAGUAGAAUAUUUACUCAGUUACACAGAAAUACUAAAUGAUCAGGUUCUAAAAGAAGCAAUUGGAAAUGUUGUUGAAGUAUCCUGUAGGGAAACUAUUAAGAAAUUGUUCAAAGGUCCAGUGAUGUUGAGCUUUUGCGACGAUACUGGAAUGUCAAUACACUACGCAGCAAUGAGAGGUCAAUAUGAUGUUUUGGAAAUACAGUUAAGCCGAACUGCAAAUUUUGAUAAUCGAAUCUGGUCUAACAUGGAAUUCUCCCGAACAGAUUCUCACAGUGCACCUGAAUAUGUGGUGAGAUUACUACUGGGUAAAUCUGAUAAUCUAAAUGCUGAGGGGCCUAACCGGUUUGAUAAUUAUGCUGAAGGUGAUAUGUUUCAAACUGUUCUAUAUACAGCUUUAGCUCGCGAUUUUAUGAACAUAGUUGAACUUCUUCUAUCCCGAUCAACUAACCAGCAACCUCAAAACUUGAACCAUGAUAACCUUCUCGAUCUAGCGAUUCGCAACUGCCCCUUAGAUUGCAUACAACUGCAUAUAAAUCAGCGUAGCUGUCUGAAUAUCCAUAACAAAACAAAGUGGACAUCGUUGUGUACAGCCAUAAAUGAUGCGAGGGGAAAUUAUGUCAAACAGGCUAUAUUCAUUAAAUAUUCUAAAAAAUGGCAUAGCAGAGCAAUUUUGUGUACCUUUUGGGCUUAUUUGUCCAAUACGUAAAGGAAGUCUUGCAAAUAUGAUGUUGAUGAUGGUUUUCCUAUAUAGAAUGAAGGGCCAUUUGGGCAGUUCUCCCUAUUCCCCUUCUGAGUGCGUGUGCGUUUUUGCCUUUCUCGUACAACAUCUCACUCAUUUUUCGUGUGUGCACAAAAGCUAAAAAAAGACCUUUUUUCAUAUAGGGACACGGCAGGUAUUUCCGUCCAUCGUCAUAGGGGCUAAAAUCAAUGAAAGCAACGUCAUUUUGCUAGAACUCCACUAUAGCAGAACAUUUCGCCUAAGCUUAUGAUUGGGUACGGAUGAAUUUGGCAAAAAAGCUUAUAUUUUAUUGAUAUUGGAGACUAUGACGAUAAGACGAAAAUUCCUGCCUUAACCCUAGUCAUCUUAACCUUCCUAGUGCAUUGGGGUCCAUUUCGACCCAAGCACACCCAAAACACCGCUGUAACUUUGUAACGCAACGAGAUAAAAAUCUGAAAAAUUCCAACUUUUCCUAACUUUCGGAAAUAAGGAUUCCCUGAGAAAAUCAGCUUCCAGCGACAUCUAGGAGAGGUGCCACAAAAAAAGUGACACAUUGUGCAUUGAGGUCCAUUUGGACCCAAGAUUUCAUCACGAUCACAAAAACUCAAAUUUCAACCGAUUUUCGAUCUUUAGGCACCAAACGAAAGCUGUAGGUUCCAAUAACAAGCUCACGGAGUGAUUCAUCCAAAUUGACCACUCUAGUCCCCGGGGAACCUGUGCUAAACAGGUACUGUUUGAACUUCUCAAUUUGGCACCAAAUUAUCGAGUUUCGUGUUAUGAAACAUAAAAUUGCUUGCAAAUGUGUGCUCUUAUGAUCCCAACUUUAUUUGCUAUUUUGUAUAUGCCAUUUCUGGGCAAAUUUAUCCCUCGAGCGGUCAUCGGAAAGCCCUCUGGAAGAUCCGGAACAUCCGUAAAAUAGGCCAAUUCUAAAAGUUCAUCCCAGAGCUUCGCGAUUUUUGGGUAACUAUUCAUUCUGGCAAAUUGUGGGUGCAAUCAAUAGUUAAAGCCUUAUGUGACCUACAAAUGUCCCAGAAACGGUCUUCCGGAAGAUCCGGAACAUCCGUAAAAGUUGCCAAUUUCAAAAAUUCAUCCCAGAACUUCGCGAUUUUAUGGUGACCAUUCAUUCUGGCAAAUUGUGGGUGCAAUCAAUAGUUAAAGCCUUCUGUGACCUACAAAUGUCCCUGAAAUGGUCCUCCGGAAGAUCCGGAACAUCCGUAAAAGUGGCCAAUUCUAAAAGUUAAUCCCAGAGCUCCGCGAUUUUUUCGUAACCAUUCAUUCUGGCAAAUUGUGGAUGCAAUCAAUAGUAAACGUCUUUAUUGAAUGAAUUUAUUUUCUCAGUUAAAUAAAAAUUAUUAUGCAUAAUACCAUUUGGCGUCCGUUUUCGAGACACGUUCGUUUUUUGUGUACGUCGCUUUAUCUUUCGUUCCGAGAGAGAAUGAGAGAUUGAGCGAAAAAUAUUGCUUAUACUGGGAGUUGAACAUAAAUGUGCCGGAAAAGCAAUUGAUGUGUCCAAAAUAAGUGCUGCACCUCGGUAAUUUAAAUCCUCAAAACGUUGUUGUACAGACAGCCAUUUUUAAGCAAAAAUAAACUUCAUUGGAAUAUUAGACCGCGUACAUAAUUCAGGGGGGGGGGGGGGGCAGAUGUGGCCUCGAACCGUGUAUUGUGGCGUUGUUGAAUCAGUGUUAUCUGUUUAGUUGUAAACUCAAUAAAUGAAUGAAUUAAUGCAGUUGUACGCGUGUUAUGCUGGAAAUGGGGUAAGAAACCCUAUUGUUAUAAUUUUCUUUCUAAACAUUAAGUAAGAUAAGAAAUUAUAGAUAGUCAAUGUACUAUGACAUAAUAGCAUACGUUAUUGUAGAUUCACAUGCUGUAUAAUAUUGAUUUCAACUAAAGUAAAGAGAUGAUUAUGUAAAUAGUAACAGUAUUCCUCAAUUUAGGCGAAUGGUAACAAUAAUACAGACGAUGGAUUCCAAUGAUUCGGUAGUGUAAUGUAAUUUAAGCGUUGUAAAUAAAAUGGUCUGCGUCGUCGUCGUAAAU